AUGAACGUCACGAAAAGCAACUUUUUAGAUGCGGCAGCAGAGAUCGAACGCUUGCUGCCGAGUGUCGAGUUUGUGGCAAUCGAUGAAGAGAUGACAGGCAUUUUUCUGCCAGGCCUGCAGGAAUUUAUAGGUGAUGCACCAAGCACACGCUAUUCAAAGAUGAGGCGGGUGGCUUCCAAUUACAGUAUCAUACAGUUCGGUGUGGCCCUCUUCACUAAAGAAGAGGGCAGUGAGAACAAGUUUGUCGCACAUGCUUACAACUUCUACACAUUCCCAGAGACUGGUGCCGUUAACAUGGAAGCCAGUUCUGUUCAUUUCAAUUCCAAAAACGGUAUGGAUUGGAAUAGUUGGAUUCGAGAAGGAGUUCCGUACGUGACUCGGGAGGCUGCAGCAAAGCUGAAGCUACAGCUGUUCCCGGAAGAGAAUACGAGCCCGGCCGCAAAGCGUAUCCAACUGACGAGCACCUUCGACAUUGAGAACACUGACAAGGCCAUUGCAAGCCUGAAAGAUUGGCUGGCCGAGGAGGGGCAGGACCAGAAAGAGUUCGAAAUCAUAACCUGCAAUGCAUAUCUGCGUCGCUUUAUGCACGAAACACUGCGGGAAAGCUUUCCUGACUUGGCGGUGGAGUCUCGACCCACGAAGAUCCGUGGUUUAUCUACGAUGGUUGCACUCCGGCUUACAGCAGCUGAGAAGGUGGAGCGCGAUGCGAGGAUCAGGGCGGAGAAGGAAGCAGAAUUCACGAUGAAAGUGGGCGUCCGACGGGUGUUUGCUGCACUUGCGAACUCGAAGAAGCCGAUCAUCGGCCAUGCCUGCUUGUAUGAUUUGAUGUUCGCUUUCUCUCAUUUCGAGGGGCCCCUGCCUGAGUCAUUCUCAGACUUCAAGAAGUCUGUCUGCGAUCUGUUCCCAAGCGUGUAUGACACGCAGCUGCUUGCGAGAAGCGACGUCUUGAAGUUGAAGUCAGAUUCAGGGGAAUUGCAGCAGCGCUUCAAGAGCUUCGCUUUGGGCGAGGUGCAUCGGGUCUUGCGAGAGGAGGCAGAGGCCCAACGAGCAGACGGUGUGGAGACGGUGCAGAUCACGCUGGCAGAGGGGCAUGAGAGGUACGCAACAGCCGCCUCGUAUCACGAAGCCGGCUUUGAUGCCUACAUCACGGGAUGCGCCUUUGCUUACAUGGCCAGGCAUGUGCCGGCCGAGGAAGGCGACAAGACAUUCAAGGGCCGUCUGGUGAUGUUCCGAAACUUCUUCAACGUCAACCUGCAGGGCGAGGAUGAACUCGUUACGGAUGGUGCCUACCUGCACACCAGGGGUUUGACGGGCCGAAAUGCCACGGAGUUUACCGAAAUUCUGCAGAGCAUCCUGAAGAAGAUCAAAGCCAAGCCGGAGGGAUCCGACAUGGAGGUGACCCUGGACAGCAACGACUCCUUCCAGAUUCGCUGGGUGGAUGAUGACUCAGCCUUUGCCAUCUUCCCGGCCCAGUCUGGGGACUUGGUGCUUGGGGUCUGCCAGCACGUGCAGGCUCGUGUUUCGGGCUUAAGAUAUGGGCCGAAAUAA